GGGGCGGCGGGGCGGCGGGCCGCGGGGGCGGGCAGCGCUCGGGGCCCGCAGCGCCGGGAGGCGGGCCCGGUUCCGGCCGCGGCGCUGGCUCUGACUGGAGUUCCGCGCCGCCGGGCAGGCAGAGCCGUGCGUCCCGGAGAGUUCUGGGACCUCGUCGCGAUCACCGCAGCCGACGCGGAGCAGGAGCUGGCGUACCGGCGGCAGCUGUCCGCAAAGCUGGCAAGAGGGGAGCUUCCUCUGGGCGUGCGGUACCACGUCUUCGCGGAUCCACCGGGACCCAAAAUCGGAAAUGGUGGAUCAACACUUCAUGUUCUCCAGUGCUUAGAGAAUCUCUAUGGUGAUAACUGGACUUCUUUUAUUGUGCUGCUAAUUCAUUCUGGUGGUUAUAGUCAACGUUUACCAAAUGCAAGUGCACUGGGGAAGAUUUUCACAGCUUUGCCUUUUGGUGAUCCUGUUUACCAGAUGUUGGAGCUUAAGCUUGCUAUGUACAUUGAUUUCCCCAGUCACAUGAAACCAGGAAUUCUCAUUACUUGUUCAGAUGACAUAGAACUUUACAGCACUGGAGUUGCAGAAACAAUCACAUUCGAUAAACCUGGAUUUACCGCUUUAGCUCACCCUUCAGAUUUGACAGUUGGGACCACUCAUGGAGUGUUUGUUUUAGAUCCAGCCAGUUUUUCAGGAAAAGGAGGACUUGAAUACACAUCUUGCCAUCAUUUCCUACACAAGCCUGAUACUGAGACAAUGCGCCAGUGUGGUGCAGUGUGUGUAAGAGGGAGUUGUUCUCAGCCGUGUUCCUCAGGAGUCCACAGUGACUCAGAAAUGGACUCAGAGUGUGUGUAUACAGACAGUAUAUUUUACAUGGAUCAUAGCAUUGCAAAACAAUUACUGAUAUUUUAUAAGCAGAUGGAUACUCUUUGCUGUGAAAUAGAUGCAUAUGGUGACUUCCUUCAGGCCCUGGGACCUGGAGCCACUCAAGAGUACACAAAAAAUACAAGUAAUGUCACAAAAGAGGAAUCGCAGUUAGUAGAAGUACGGCAGAAGCUGUAUUCUGUUCUGAAAGGAACUCCACUUAAUGUUAUAGUCUUAAACAACUCUAAGUUUUAUCACAUUGGAACUACUUGGGAGUACUUGUUUCAUUUUACAUCUGAUAGCAAACUGAAAUUUGAGCUUGAUUUACUGUCUGAGGCUUUUAGCAUCUUUUCAGACAAAGCUGAGACUUUGGAUAGAUCAGCAAGUAUCAUCCAAAGCAUACUGGAGCCUGGGUGUUUUAUAGGACCUGGGUCUGUUAUUGAAUACUCUAGAAUUGGACCUGAAGUCUUAGUAGGGAAGAACUGCAUUGUUAGUGGAUCCUACAUAAAUUUGAGAGUAGACAUACCUUCAAACUGUUUCCUGUGUUCAUUGAGUAUAAAAAUUGAUGAUCAAGUAAAGUAUGCAAGUAUGGUAUUUAGUGUAGAAGAUGACUUGAAAAAGAGUGUGAAAUUUCUUUCAGAUAUAUAUUCACUACAAUUUUUUGGAGUCAGCUUACUGGAAUGCUUGGACCUCUGGGGUGUACAGGUUUCAAACCAGCUCUUCUCCAGUGAUAAUACACAGCUUGGGUUGUGGACUGCUAGGAUUUUUCCUGUUUGUUCUAGUUUAAGUGAAUCAGUUAGAAUGUCAUUAAACAUGUUAAAUUCCGUGCAGCACAAGUCAGCUUUUAAAUUGCAUGGCUUUAAGCUCCUGUCUGUUGAAGAAAUGCUCUCCUACAAAGAUGUAGAAGAUAUGUUGAAAUUUAGGAAUCAAAUUUAUGAUGAAAUCUGUCUACAAAGACAGAAAGAGAAAUCUGAUUUGUAGAAGGAUUGAUACUUGAAGAAAUUUCCCGUCUUUCAUUGCGGAUGAUGUAUUACUUCCCAGAUUGUAAUGAUCAUAAGGAAAAAGUACACAGAUCUUCUCAUUGGCUCUAGCAACAUGAUAUAGUUUAGCAGUAAUUUAUGUUUCUCACUGUUCCUACUGCCUUUUUACAAGUGUUUCAAAUAGGCGUAGGUAAAAUGAUUUUCUCUUUAAAUCAGGACAUCCUAUCAAAGCAUUAAUAAUUUUAUUUCUCUGUUGUUUUUUUUUUCAUUUUUUGUACUUACUGUUUUUCAUCAGAGAAAAAGUAUUUUCAUGAGAAAUCAACCUUUCCCUUAUGUCUUUGGGGUCAAUACCUACCAUCAAGACUCGUCAAUUUUUUGUAGAAACAUAGAAUAUCCUGAGUAGGAAGGGACCAGCAAUGAUCGUACGGUCCACCUCCUGGCUGUACACAGGACUAACUAAAAUUUAAAGCAUAUGUCCAAGGGCAUUGUCCAAACAUUUAACCUCCGGCAGGAUUGGUGCCAUGGCCACUUUCCUGGGGUGGAGAUUACUGUUUAAUUAUUUGGGAGGUGUUAGAUUGAGUGGGCAGCUAUCAACUUUUUGUUAUCCACAGAGAUACUGAUACAUGUCAUGGGCAAAUUUGCAUUUCUCUAAACUGAACUGCCAUAGUCCUUGGAGUGAUACUUAAUCCUCAUGCAGACCAGUGGACUAAACAACAGAGAGAUGAAGUAUUUUGAGUGGUACCACAGUGCACAUCUUUGGGGAAACAGAUAAUAUUACCUACCCUGUAAUAAAGGUAAAUAAAUCUUUUGGUUUCUAUUGCUCCACCUAGCUCCAUAUUCUGUCCUCGGUUGUGGCACCACAAAAAUGCUAUUCACAGAGAGCAUACAAGCAAGCCUAUGUAUGUAUUCACAUUAUUUUCAGCAGUUCAUUACAUAAGUAAUCAGUCCACGCUUUUGUAAUACAAGGUGAAAAAAGGUUUGCACAAAGUUUAUAUUCAGAUAAAUCAUUUAUUUUUAAUUUGUCUUCUGUAAUGACUGCUUUUUUUUUUCCAUUUCACAUUAUUAAGAAUGUGUUGUGUAUUCUGUAACCGUAAUUUGACAGCAACAUAAUGGAUCUUUUUCUCAUGCAUUUAUCAA